AUGGACUGUAAACGUUUGCUUGCUGAUGGGUUUACUUUAUCAGGUGUUUAUACGAUUCAUCCCUGGGACAAUAGUUCAGUGGACGUUUACUGUGAUAUGGAUACAGAAGAUGGAGGAUGGACGAUUAUACAAAGGCGUGUAAACGGAUCGAUUGCUUUCAACAGAACUUGGAAUGAAUACAAGGAGGGAUUUGGUUCUGUUCACUCGUCUUAUUGGAUAGGAAAUGACGUCAUUCAUCAAUUAACUAAGAAUAGACCGUCUCUCUAUGUGUCUAUUACUCUGACCAAUGGAACAACUCUAUAUCAACAGUACGGUGAAUUCUCUGUGAACAACGAGACAGAUAACUACAGACUUUACCUUGGUGGACCAUCGGAGGGGACCUUAGGUGACAGUAUGAUUGACACAGGGAAAUCAUGGGCCGAUCUGUCUGGGAUGUACUUCUCCACCCCAGACAGAGAUAAUGACAAUAAUACUGUUAACUGUGCUGCUCUCAGUGACCGUAGAGGAGGCUGGUGGUUUAACACCUGUCACCUAGCCUUCCUUAACGGUCAAUGGUCUCCAGGAUCCUGGGCCGAUCCUUGGUUUCCUACAGUGAUUCAUAAUAAAGAUAUAAAAGAGACUGUUAUGAUGAUAAAAACUCGUUAA